GGAAUGGCACUCAGGGCAAAGGCAGAGGUGUGCGUGGCAGCGCCCUGGCUGUCCCUGCAAAGGGCACGGGCACUGGGCACUAGAGCCCCUCGGGCCCCUAGGACGGUGCUGCCGUUUGAAGCCAUGCCCCAGCAUCCAGGCAACAGGUGGCUGAGGCUGCUGCAGAUCUGGAGGGAGCAGGGUUAUGAGCACCUGCACCUGGAGAUGCACCAGACCUUCCAGGAGCUGGGGCCCAUUUUCAGGUACAACUUGGGAGGACCACGCAUGGUGUGUGUGAUGCUGCCGGAGGAUGUGGAGAAGCUGCAACAGGUGGACAGCCUGCAUCCCCGCAGGAUGAUCCUGGAGCCCUGGGUGGCCUACAGACAACAUCGUGGGCACAAAUGUGGCGUGUUCUUGUUGAAUGGGCCUGAAUGGCGCUUUAACCGAUUGCGGCUGAACCCAGAUGUGCUGUCACCCAAGGCCGUGCAGAGGUUCCUCCCGAUGGUGGAUGCAGUGGCCAGGGACUUCUCCCAGGCCCUGAGGAAGAAGGUGCUACAGAACGCCCGGGGGAGCCUGACCCUGGACGUCCAGCCCAGCAUCUUCCACUACACCAUAGAAGCCAGCAACUUAGCUCUUUUUGGAGAGCGGCUGGGCCUGGUUGGCCACAGCCCCAGUUCUGCCAGCCUGAACUUCCUCCAUGCCCUGGAGGUCAUGUUCAAAUCCACCGUCCAGCUCAUGUUCAUGCCCAGGAGCCUGUCUCGCUGGAUCAGCCCCAAGGUGUGGAAGGAGCACUUUGAGGCCUGGGACUGCAUCUUCCAGUACGGUGACAACUGUAUCCAGAAAAUCUACCAGGAACUGGCCUUCAACCGCCCUCAACACUACACAGGCAUCGUGGCAGAGCUCCUGUUGAAGGCGGAACUGUCACUAGAAGCCAUCAAGGCCAACUCUAUGGAACUCACUGCAGGGAGCGUGGACACGACAGCAUUUCCCUUGCUGAUGACGCUCUUUGAGCUGGCUCGGAACCCCGACGUGCAGCAGGCCCUGCGCCAGGAGAGCCUGGCCGCCGCAGCCAGCAUCAGUGAACAUCCCCAGAAGGCAACCACCGAGCUGCCCUUGCUGCGGGCGGCCCUCAAGGAGACCUUGAGGCUCUACCCUGUGGGUCUGUUUUUGGAGCGAGUGGUGAGCUCAGACUUGGUGCUUCAGAACUACCACAUCCCAGCUGGGACAUUGGUGCAGGUUUUCCUCUACUCGCUGGGUCGCAACGCCGCCUUGUUCCCGAGGCCUGAGCGGUAUAAUCCCCAGCGCUGGCUAGACAUCAGGGGCUCCGGCAGGAACUUCCACCACGUGCCCUUUGGCUUUGGCAUGCGCCAGUGCCUCGGGCGGCGCCUGGCAGAGGCAGAGAUGCUGCUGCUGCUGCACCACGUGCUGAAGCACUUCCUGGUGGAGACACUAACCCAAGAGGACAUAAAGAUGGUCUACAGCUUCAUAUUGAGGCCUGGCACGUCCCCCCUCCUCACUUUCAGAGCAAUCAACUAGUCUUGCAUCUGCACCCAGGGUCCCAGCCUGGCCACGAGCCUCCCUCUGCCUGACCCCAGGCCACCUUUCUUCUCUCCCACGUGCACAGCUUCCUGAGUCACCCCUCUGUCCAGCCAGCUCCUGCACAAAUGGAACUCCCCAGGGCCUCCAGGACUGGGGCUUGCCAGGCUUGUCAAACAGCAAGGCCAGGGCACAGCUGGAGACGAUCUUGCUGGCAGGGCCUGGCCUUGUCCCCAGCCCCACCUGGCCCCUUCUCCAGCAAGCAGUGCCCUCCGGACAGCUUGACUCUACUCCUCCCAGCGCUGGCUCCAGGCUCCUCAUGAGGCCAUGCAAGGGUGCUGUGAUUUUGUCCCUUGCCUUCCUGCCUAGUCUCACAUGUCCCUGUCCCUCUCCCCCUGGCCAGGGCCUCUGUGCAGACAGUGUCAGAGUCAUUAAGCGGGAUCCCAGCAUCUCAGAGUCCAGUCAAUUCCCUCCUGCAGCCUGCCCCCAGGCAGCUCGAGCAUGCCUUGAGCUCUCUGAAAGUUGUCACCCUGGAAUACGAUCCUGCAGGGUAGACUAAAAAGGCCCCUGUGGUCACUUAUCCUGACACAUUUUCAAGUGAUACAACUGAGUCUCGGGGGGCGUGUGUUCCCCAGCUGAUCAUGUCAGCCUCAUGCCCCAGGCCUCGUCUUUCAUGGACCAGGUCUUGUUCAAGCAGCGAGUGUUGGGUCCUCUGCUUCCUGAGCUGUCCCCUGGAGAAGGUCCCGAGGAUGCUGAGAGGAGAUGGAAGAGUCACGUGGGGUGGGAACCUUGGGUGUGGUUCCAGAAAUGUUUUUGGCAACAGGAGAGACAGGAUUGGGCCAACAAGGACUCAGAUGAGUUUUAUUGACUCAUUCCUCUGGUUGAUACGGAGCCAUGCCAUGUGCCACGACCUGGGGUGGGCACAGGGAGGCUGCAGUUUCCUACGUGAACCUGCCUUGGGCCUCAUCUGCUCCUAGCCCAGCAGAGAGAGUUGACCCCUCCUGAACUGGCCACUCCACAGUGCUCCUGUGCAGGGAUAGGAAGUGCCCCAGGGUGAGAAAGUGCCCAGCCACAUCAUCUUUAUCUCCUGGGAUUUUCAUUGGGGCAAAGAUCUCAGCAGCCAGCUCCUGGUAGCUGAUGAGGAUCAGAGCGUUUGUUCCCCCAUGAAAGGGGAAAUACUUAGGUAAUCAUUCCAGGUGUGUUCAGUAGUUCCAGGACUCAGGGACUCAGGCCAGUCACCCUGUGACCGCAGGUUGCUUUCCCACCCUGGGCAAUGCAGUGCAGCAUGGGAAAGGAAUAAGGGGGGAACAAGGUGCACAGACCUCAGAGAUGGCUUUCUUGUUUAUGGGGCUCUCACAGAUACCCAUCCAACUCCUCUAGUCAGCACUAGAUCAUGGGAUCCUAAAAUAAACCUUGGAAAAAU